AUGGGUCUGGUAAAGCAAUCUCCAUCAGAGUUGGAGACUUUAUCUCAGAUAUAUGCUACACGUAUCCAAGCUACUUCUUCGUUUUGGAUAGAAAAGAAGCGUUUGAUGGAUAGUUUGGUCAAGAAUGCAGUUACACCGCAAGAAUUGGAGAUACUGGCUACCAAGUCCUUUAAUGAGUACGCUGGAUUUCGAGCAAGUGUUGAAAACUAUACCACUAUAUGGCAUCAAAGACAUACUGCAAGACGUGUCGAUUCAAGUGUACAGCUUCCCAAUUCAGCUUCAGCAAAUAAUAUGCGGACAUUAGAAGAUCAGGUUCAGACCGCCCGAAUAGAAUUGGAUCGUUUAAUCAAACGACGAUUAAAUUCUAUGUCCACUGAACUCAAUCUACCUUUGACCAGAGAGAGAACACCACUGGAAAAGGCCGCGUAUGAAAAACAGCAUGAUGGUGAAUCUUCAAUGAAUGUAUCAGAUAUGUUUACACAGACAGAUUGCUUUCCCUCAAAAGGGUGGAAUCAGAAUACCUCAAAAACAUGUCUGUAUGAUGAUGAAGACUUGCUCAAAAUUCUAAAGUCCAUCAAAUCCGAUGGCUUGGCAUUUUGUAACAGCAGAAAUAAUCUACACUUUAUGCAAUCGAUCAAUGGUCAAAGCACAACAAAAAUUUGGUCUGCUUUAAAUGUGCAUAUGCCCACAUGUAGUUUAGAGGAUAUGCAGUCAAAGUUUCAUGAGUUGCAUCCAAAAUUCAAACACGUUGGAGUAGAUGAUAUUGCUGAAGCAGCAUCAAGCAGGAAAGAAAGUUUUUUGUCAUCUCACAUUGAAAUCGGUCAAAUUGCCAUAGCCUCGCAAUCUUGCCUAGUAGCACAACAGUAUGCCAAACAUGGUAUACCGCCAAACCUACGACCACAGUUGUGGAAUCUGAUGAUCCAGUGCAAUGCUUCGGAAUCAUACUCGUUGCAUGUUAGUCGUGUAUAUAAAGGAUUGAGAAAUAAGCUAUUGCAUUAUGACUUAUUAGUAGACAAACUAAUCCAACUUGACUCUAAACACUCUGCAAAUGACAAUUCGUACUUUGUAUUUGAAGACAUGGUGUGCCAAAUUCUUUUGCUUUGGACACGAGAUGAAUGGCUUUCAACAGCCAUUGCGACAAACACAGCUGCUUCUCAAAAUAGAGUGUUUAAAUCAGUUGAUAGUUUACAAAAUGACUAUAAAUUAGAACAAAGUGCACACUCCAUGCCAAAGAUUUUUGAUUGCAUCCAUGAGUCAUGCAUAGCAGCCAAACGAAAAUUUCAAAAUGUAGACUAUCCACAAAAUGGGAUCUAUCCAAUCUCUGGAAUAUCAUUGUAUGCUAUGCCAAUCUGUUUUGUCUAUGCAGAUCCCGGACAUGCAUAUCUGACCUUUCGUGAACUUUAUGCUAGAUAUUUUUCUCGUUUGCAUUGUAUUUCUUCCAAGCCUGAAACAUUGCUACAUCUGUGCCUUACUUUUGAAGUCUUGAUGAAACAAGCAGACGCAGUAGUAUUUUAUCAUCUCUCAUCGUCUCUGCAACUAUCUCCAUUGAAUCUCGUGUUUAAAUGGAUACUAUACGGAUUUGUGGGUAUUUUGGACUGUGAACAGGUGUUGUUACUUUGGGACAGAGUAAUUGCAUUUGAUUCUUUGGAAUUGAUUCCGUUGACUGCAGUUGCUCUAGUUUAUCAUCGUCGUAAACAAAUUAUGGAGGCACAGACAGCAGAUCAAGUCUAUAUUACAGCCGAGUUUAAUAGCUGUAUGCUAUUUAGUGCUAUUCGAUAA